CCCUGAUCUUCAACCAUUCAAGCACAGAUCACAGAAGAACAAUGAGUAACCAAAAAACACUUCAAGACUUUUUUGUGCAAGAAAAGCCACUUUUUUCAAUACCAUCUUCACCUACUUCAGGAAAUGAAGAAAUUCUCUCUACUGUUUCAUAUUGCACUUUUGUUUUCACUUUCACUGACCCUUCAGAGUCUCCUGCACAAAGAGACUCUAAAAGACUUCAACUUUCAAGACUCAUAGCUAUGUUGAAAACCUCGAAAAAACCGGUUCAUGAGAAAGUUGUUGGACCUUUAGUACUAAUGAUCAAAGCCAAUCUUUUUAGGCCACUCCCUCCUCCUACAAAUCCUUCCGCUAUAUCCGAAUAUCUCGACGAAGAAGAUCCUGUUUCGAUCCUUUCGCCUUUAUGGUCACAUCUACAAAUAGUUUACGAAAUUCUUCUGAGGCUAGUUAACAGCACUGACGCCAAAAUACUAAAAAACUAUAUCGAUCAUUCCUUUCUCCUUAAUCUUCUAUCGCUUUUCCAGUCCGAAGAUCCGAGGGAACGCGAGAGUUUGAAGAAUGUGUACCAUAAGAUAUAUUCUAAGCUGGUUUGCGACCGUUCCGCGAUGAGGAAAUCGAUGACGGAUGUUUUGUUGAACUAUGUUUUUGAGACAGAAAAACAUUCUGGUAUUGCUGAUUUGCUUGAGAUAUGGGGAACUAUAGUUAACGGCUUUACCGUGCCGCUCAAGGAAGAGCACAAGCUGUUUCUUAUGAGAGUGUUGAUUCCUUUGCAUAAGACCAAAGGGAUGCAAGUGUAUCAUAGACAACUUGCUUAUUGUAUAUCACAGUUUGUGCAGAAGGAACCUAUGCUUGGAGGUGUUGUUGUUAGAGGGAUUUUGAGGUAUUGGCCUGUUACAAAUUGUCAAAAGGAAAUUCUGUUGAUUGGAGAGUUGGAAGAUUUGGUUGAGAAUUUGGAUCCUGAUCAGUAUCGUAAGCUCGCCUUGCCGAUAUGUACUCAGAUUACUAAAUGCAUCAACAGUUGGAAUUCUCAGGUAGCUGAGAGGGCAUUGUAUGUAUGGAACAAUGAGCAGUUCUACAAGAUGGCAACGACAGGAACAGUUGAAGUACUUCCAGUGAUAGUAGAAGGUGUGGAAAAGAAUCUGAAGUUGCAUUGGAGCAAGAGUGUUAGGCAGUUAACAGAAAGUGUGAAGGUGGUUGUGGAAGAUAUUGAUCCUGAUUUGUAUGCAAAGGCUCAAAUGGACAUGAAGGUUAAAGAAUCAGUGGCACAUCAAGAAGAUAUGAAGAGGAAAAAGAGAUGGGAGAGAAUUGAAUUGGCUGCUUCUAAGAAUCAGUUUGUUAAUCCACAAAGAUAUAUUUGUGUUUCCCACUGA